AUGGCUGAAAAGGAGCAGAAGACGGUGUACCGCAGUGUUUCUUUUAAAAAGCUGGGCUCUUGGAGUGCCAACAACAACAACAGAGAGGAGCCACAGCAUACAGAGGAGGCAGCUGAAGUCGCCACUCCCAGUGCUGCUUCGCGGGACUCUACAGUGAGCCUAGACACCUCCUCGUCCUCCACCUCUUUCCUCCAGACUAAGGUGGCGGAGGGCGUGCUCCAGGAAGCAAAAGAGGUCACAGAGAAGCACACAAGUUCUACAAAUCAACUGAGUGACAACGGUAGGACCUUUUCUGAGUGUAUGCCUGGAAGUGACUUUGCAGCUAGGAAGAAUGUCAGCACUGCCAAUGAAGAGGUCACCUGCAAUAAACCUAUGUUACCCGGGCUAAUGGCUGCAGCUGUAGCAGAGGGGCCUGAAGGGACUACAACCCCCAAUACUACCCGACGACGCCGCAAGUUCUCCCCCUCUGGAAACGCUAACACAAGCUCAGACACUGGCCACAUUUCUAAUGCAGAGACCACAACAACAGCUGCUGCUGGGGAAUCCACUGUCUAUCGCUCUCUCAGUGACCCAAUGCCUCAAAGAUGCAGCUCUGAAACGGAGGACGCGCGUAACAACUUUUCAUCUGUUGACAGCAAUUUUUUAGGAUCUCUGUCUAUCAAAGGAGGAUCCUCAGACCCAGCCACUAUGACUGCUUUGACAGAGUACACGGGAAGUGUGUCUAGUGAUCUGUCACUUUACAGUGAUGGAGGCCUUUGUGAUGAUGAAAUUCAAGACUACAGUGAAGUCAUAAGAAGUAUUAUGGCAGAACCAGGUGCAAUGGACAGACUCAUGAUGGAUGACCAUGGCAAUGGCAAAGCUCCUAAGAAGAAAUCAUUUAGUGACCCUAGUCGUAGAAGUGAAGCUCUCAUUGACCCACAGUCUGGAAAUAGUGAGCCAAUCACUGCACUGGAUCAAACUGGUCAGAUCCCACCCUCUAUCAGUGAGCCAAUACUGUCUGAGCAAAGGCACAACAUGUGGAAGCCAGAGGGCAAGUCAACAACGGUGCUACAGCUACAUAAUAAUCAGAGUGACAGCACCAUGAAGCCCCGUUCGAAAUCAGAUGAUGGCCAUUAUUCUGAAAACGAUGAAGAUUAUGAUGCCAUUGAUCAAGGUAAAGCAGAAGAAGAGGAGGAGGAAGAUGAAAUUAAUUUUCAUUUUGACCGCAAAUUUGUUGAAGCCUUGACCCCUCGGAUAAUACGUAGACCGGGAAGAAAACGACCAAAUAGACUGGCUCACUUUAGCCCCUUAGAGGACCCGUUUGAGCCACUAGAACUGGGCGAGCAUGAUGACGACGACACUGAUGAGACUGACAUUACAGCUCCUCUUCCUCUGACUGUACCUCAAUCAAAGAAUAAAAUCAAGCUGAAGCAUGUACGCCAUGCCAGUGAGCCAACCAAUUUCAUCCCCAUCUCUCCUCCUCCCUUGUAUGCUGCAAAGGAAGCCGGCUGCCUCCCUUUGCAACCUUCUGCACAGGCCCCUGUGCAGAGUAAGACUUUAGGAAUCAAUGUCCUUGCACUGGAAGAUGUUACAAAGACGUAUGUUUUGGAGCGGAGUCGGUCGGAAGGAGACACUGAGCCUCGGCUUGUUCCUGGGGCUAAAGAUGAAGUGGAGUCUGCAGCUGUAUUUGAGGCUCCCAUCAGUGGAGAGACCGAACAACAAGAGAGAUCAGAUGACCUCCUAUCCAUCCCUGUCCCGCAGAAGACUAAGCCAAGAGUGGACAUGAGAAAACAUGUAAUGAUGACUCUUCUGGACACUGAGCAGUCAUAUGUGGAGUCGCUGCGAACACUCAUUCAGGGCUACAUGCGUCCUCUCAAACAGGCCGAUGGUGGAUCCAUUGUGGACCCUUUGCUGGUGGAUGAAAUGUUUUACCAAAUCCCAGAAAUCCUGGAGCACCAUGAGUACUUCCUGGAUCAGGUCUCCGACUGUGUGAACCAAUGGCACGACAGACAGACGGUCGGACAUCUGCUCAUCCAAUCAUUCUCCAAAGAAGACUUGGCUAAUAUGUAUUCAGCCUACAUUGACAAUUUCCUCAAUGCCAAAGACGCCGUGAGGAUUGCCAAAGAGGCCAAGCCAGCCUUUCACAAGUUUUUGGAGCAAAACAUGCGAGAGAACAAAGAGAAACAAGCCCUGGGUGACCUGAUGAUCAAGCCCGUCCAGAGGAUCCCUCGGUAUGAGCUCAUUGUGAAGGACCUGCUCAAGCACACUUCAGAGGACCACCCAGACCACCCCUACCUACUGGACGCACAAAGGGACAUCAAGCGGCUGGCGGAGAAGAUUAACAAGGGCCGGCGCUCGGCUGAAGAGGCCGAGAGGGAGGCCAGGGUCAUCCAGGAGAUUGAGGCGCAUAUCGAAGGAGUGGAAAAUAUCCUGAAUCCCCAGAGGAAGUUCUUGAGACAGGAAAUAGUCAUGGAGGCGAAAAAUGUUGGAGGGAAGAAGGACCGCUCUCUGUUUCUCUUCAGUGAUCUGAUCAUCUGCACCACCCUCAAGAGGAAGUCUGGCUCGUUAAGACGCAGCUCCAUGAGCCUAUACUCUGCUGCAAGUGUCAUCGAUACCUCCAGUAAAUAUAAGUUCCUGUGGAAGCUUCCGCUUGAAGAUGUGGAAGUUAUAAAAAGCUCCUCACAGACGACAAACAGGGAAAGCCUCCAGAAGAGCAUCAGCCGCCUGGAUGAGGACCUCAGCACACUGGGACAGCUCAGCAAACUGUCAGACACCAUCAACUGUCCACACCAGGCUUUGGAUGAGGUUAUUAAAGACCUCGCGGCUUCCAUCCACAGAGAACUGUCAGAGAAGCAGUCGUUGGCCUUCAGCAUGACCUUUCUUCCCACCAAGUUAGAACUGACCACAUCCUCUGCAGAAAGCAGCUUUGUCUUUGAAUUCAGCUCUCCUGAUGUUCGCUCCAACUUUGAACAAGCUUUUGAAGAAGCAAAGAAGAAGCUAGCAAUGAACAAGGACCAGUGGGAUCCAGAGUUUUUAAAGGCAAUCCCCAUUAUGAAGACCCGCAGUGGGAUGCAGUUUUCAUGUGCAUCUCCAAGUCACAGCUGCCCUGAUAGUGGCUGCGAGGUGUGGGUCUGCAAUAGUGAUGGUUACGUUGGACAGGUUUGUCUGUUAAAUAUCAAAGAUGAGCCAACAGUAGAGGCCUGUAUCGCUGUGUGCUCUGCCAGAAUUAUUUGCAUUGCUGCUGUACCAGGACUGACGGCGAGGGAGCAAGUGUCAGCGAGAACUCAGCUUCCUACAAUACCAAGUCAAAGCCAACAGCAGCUCCACAUCUCCAUCUCGCGUUCCUCUCUUGAGGUGACAGAGCCCCCUACAGGUCCCAGAACGGAGCUGGUUCCUUUUGACAGCGAUGACACCGACGAUGAAGAUUCACCAAGUCCCUCUUCAACUCUACAGAGUCAAGCCAGUCACUCUACUAUUUCUUCUAGCUAUGGCAUUGAUGAAGGUACGAGCUCCAAAGACAUGGCAGCAGAGACCACCAGCAGUGAGGAGGAGCAGGAGUUCCCCUCCGCAGGCUCGUACGUUUCCUCCGGGACGUUGGGUGUCGGAGGCGGGAGUCGACCUCAGGCAGAGAGCCCGAUGGACGGUCGUGCCAUGCGCCGCUCCUCCAGGGGGUCCUUCACUCGGGCCAGUCUAGAAGAUCUGCUCAGCAUCGACCCCGAGGCCUACAAGAGCUCAGUGUGGCUGGGAACAGAGGACGGAUGCAUCCACGUGUACCAGUCGUCUGACAACAUCCGUAACAGGAAGAACAGCAUGAAGAUUCAGCACAGUGCCUCGAUCCUCUGUAUACUGUACUUGGACAACAAAGUGUUUGUGUCAUUAGCCAAUGGAGAAGUGAUAGUUUACCAAAGAGAAGUUGGGAGCUUCUGGGACUCGCAGUCUUCCCAGAUCUUAGUUUUGGGCACAGCCAGUAGCCCUGUCACUAAGAUGGUUCCUGUGGGAGGAAAGCUGUGGUGUGGCUCACAGAAUAGAGUGCUCAUUAUCAACACGAGCACUCUGGAGCAGGAGCACUCUUUCCAGGUGGGCUCAGACAGCAGCCGCUGCGUCACCUGCAUGGUGGCCUACGGGCACGGAGUGUGGCUGGCCCUGCAGGGCAGUGCACACGUCAGGCUGUACCACGCUCAGACCUGGGAGGCUCUGACCGAGGUGGAUGUUGCUCCCUCUGUGCACAAGAUGCUUGCAGGCGCUGAUGCCAUCAUCCGGCAGCACAAAGCAGCGUGUCUGAGGAUCACAGCUCUUCUGGCCUGUAAAGACUUGCUCUGGAUCGGCACCAGUGCUGGCGUAGUUCUCACUCUGCCGACCCCUAAAGUGAGCUCAGGGACCAUGCCGGGCACCCUGAAGUCCCCUCUGGUCCCUAUGGGUUCAGCACAUGGUCACACGGGUCAUGUCCGCUUCCUGACCGCUAUAGAACUGCCAGAGGGAUUCGACAUAAAGUUAGACGCUCUCUCAAAUGACACCUCAGUCACCAAAGCAGCAAAUUCCAGUCAUGUGGACAGUCCGCUCCAGAGGCGGGACUCUGCACGGCGUCGGGCUUCAGCUCACCUCGUCCCUUUGAACAAUCACUUGGUCAUCUCUGGAGGGGACGGAUACGAGGACUUCAGACUGAGCAACAGCAGUGAGACAGUGGGACGCGAUGACAGCACCAACCACCUCCUGCUCUGGAGAGUCUGA